GUUGUAUAAAUUUACAUUGAAAAGGGGUUUGGUUUAGGUGAAUGAAUGAAGCUUGUUUAUUAUAUGAAGAGAAUUGUUGAAUUAGGCAUAUGUAAAUGAAGCUGAAUGGGAAUGAGAAUGGCGUCUUACCUUAAAGUCGGAGCGUUUGUGGCACGCGACUAAAGCUCGUGAAAGUGCGUGGUGUUUGGAAAGUGAAGUAAAGAAUAACGUUGGUGUCAGGUCUUAGCCGUUUUCUUUAGCUUCUCUCUCUUGACAAAGCAUAUACAUUGAUGCCCAGCCCACCACUACUUCUCAUCAACUCACCUUUUUUCUCUCUUUUAUAUAUGCCAUUAUUUCUUUUUCACUGUGCUUUAUACAAGCAAGAGAACAACAACAUCAUUACAAUUACAAGUCUUGAUCAUCAUUAGAAACAACUCUUGUGUUUGAAAGUUAAUUAAUAAAGUUGAGAAAUUUCACUUCUUUGUUGCAUAUUUAUAACAAUACCUCAACUGGGUGUUUGUUGAUUCAAUGGGAUCCUCUUCAGCUCAAAGCAAUAGCUAUGAUCUUUCUUUCAAGAUCUUGUUGAUCGGUGAUUCAGGUGUUGGUAAAAGCAGCCUUCUUGUCAGCUUCAUUUCAAGCUCUGUAGGAGAUCUUGCACCCACCAUUGGUGUCGAUUUUAAGAUCAAGCUGUUUACAGUUGGUGGGAAGAGAUUAAAGCUGACAAUUUGGGACACAGCUGGACAGGAGAGGUUCAGAACAUUAACAAGCUCUUAUUAUAGAGGUGCCCAAGGAAUCAUUCUUGUUUAUGAUGUCACAAGGAGAGAAACCUUCACAAACUUAUCAGAUGUGUGGGCCAAGGAAGUGGACCUUUACUCUACCAAUCAGGAUUGUGUCAAGAUGCUUGUUGGAAAUAAAGUUGACAGAGAUUCUGAAAGGGUUGUAAGCAGAGAAGAGGGGAUGAAUCUUGCAAAAGAGCAUGGGUGUUUGUUCCUUGAAUGUAGUGCUAAAACUAGAGAAAAUGUGGAGCAAUGCUUUGAGGAGCUUGCAUUGAAGAUAAUGGAGGUUCCUAGUCUUUUCGAAGAAGGAUCCACUGCAGUCAAGAGAAACAUUUUAAAGCAGAAACCAGAAUACCCGGUGCCUCCCAGCGGUGGCUGUUGCCAAUAAGUUGCAACAGCAUGCAGGCAUUAAUACGAAAGCAGGACUAAAAUAUCAACUCCUAGUCCACCUGUUUAAGGCUUAUACUAUGCAUCCCCUUAACAUCAUGAAACAGAUCAUGUAUAUGAAAUUUCUUCCUGUUAUUUAUUAGUGGCUGCUGUUGCUUUCACUGAGUUGCCAUAGUUGUAGCAUUAUUCUGGGAUGUUGGCACUCGAAUAACAUCUAUUAGCUUGUGUAAAGGUUUGCCUUUGCAUGUUUUUUAUUGAUUAUGAGUGAGUGAGUUUUCGGACUGAUGCUAUUUGUAAUACACUAAUUCUUGCUUCAUAUAGUGUUUGGAUGAACACAUUUAACAAAA